AUGUCGAUUGAUCAUAUUGCUAUUAAUACAUUCGAUUUUCCGAAAACAGUUUCAUUCUAUGAUGCUAUUCUAUCUACGUUAGGUUAUAGAAAGAUACUUAUCAUUGAAGGUAACAAAGCAGUUGGUUUUGGUAAACGAUUUCCAUCGUUCUGGAUCCAUCCUACACAUAUUUCAAAUGAAGAAGGUUCUCGAAUCGGUACUCAUAUUGCAUUUGUGGCUAACUCUCGUAAACAAGUUGAUGAUUUCUAUCGUAUUGCAUUGAAGAAUGGUGCAAAAGAUAAUGGACCACCUGGAGUUCGUCCACAAUAUCAUCGAUUUUAUUAUGCUGCUUUUGUGAUCGAUGCUGAUGGAAACAAUAUUGAAGCUGUUAAUCAUUUCGAUUGGAGAUUAUUUAUUGGAUGGAAAAUGAUAAUAUCCACAAGUUUAUUGAUUUUUAUUAGUUUAGCCAUAAAAAAGUUUUUUUAA